CAGACGUCAGGCGGGGAGAUGUCGACUCUUGUGUUGAAAAAAUAAUUAAUUUGUCGACGUUAUGUGUUAAUAAUUAUGUGAAUAAUGAGAUGAAAGUGUAAAUAAAUGUUAGAUUAGUGUUCGCUAGUGAUUAUGGCGCAUAGUGGUGGUGUUUUGAGUUCAGAUAUAUCGCGUAGAAACCCUCAAGAUGAGUAUGAACUCAUUCAGAGAAUCGGAUCUGGGACCUAUGGCGAUGUGUACAAGGCCAAAAGGCUUAACGGCAACGGAGAGCUGGCCGCCAUCAAGGUGAUCAAGCUGGAGCCCGGUGAUGACUUCGCCAUCAUCCAGCAGGAGAUCCUGAUGAUGAAAGACUGCAGGCAUCCAAACAUCGUCGCGUACUAUGGCUCCUACCUCAGAAGAGAUAAGCUGUGGAUCUCCAUGGAGUAUUGUGGAGGGGGUAGCUUGCAGGACAUCUACCACGUCACCGGCCCGCUGACGGAGCUCCAAAUAGCUUACAUGUGCCGGGAGACGCUCACCGGCCUCUCGUACCUGCACAGUAUGGGGAAGAUGCAUCGUGACAUCAAGGGCGCGAAUAUCCUGCUGACGGAGUGCGGGGACGUCAAACUGGCUGACUUCGGAGUAUCAGCACAGAUUACGGCCACCAUCAACAAGAGGAAGUCCUUCAUUGGCACUCCUUAUUGGAUGGCGCCGGAGGUAGCAGCGGUGGAGAGGAAAGGUGGUUACAAUCAACUCUGUGAUAUUUGGGCGUGUGGAAUAACUGCUAUAGAGCUAGCCGAACUGCAGCCACCGAUGUUCGAACUCCAUCCAAUGAGGGUGCUGUUCCUCAUGUCGAAGUCCGGCUUCAAGCCGCCGCAGCUGAAGGAGCGCGAGCGCUGGUCGCAGCUGUUCCACGCCUUCCUCAAGCUGGCGCUCACCAAGAACCCCAAGAAGCGGCCCACAGCCGACAAGCUGCUGCAGCACGCGUUCUUCCAGCAGGACAUGAGCAAGCGGCUGGCCAUCGAGUUACUACACAAGUACUCCAACCCUUCCAGCUGCAGCUCCACCGAGAUCGACGAUGAUGGGGCUGUGUCCAACGUGCCGCAACGCAUCGCAUCGCGUCACACGGGCCGCGGGCGCCGGGUGUUAGCCGACCAAGCAGCGGCGCGGCCCACGACGCGUCCGCGCAGCUUGUUACCAGAGAGAGAUGUGUCUGGAGAUGCACCCGCUGUGGCUAGGACUGCCAGGCUGCCUGAUGAGGGUCGCGUGAGCUCCCGGUACGACGACUCGCCGAUCAUAGACCUGGACGCGGAAGACGAUCUGUCCCGCCAGAAUCUGUUCCCGGGACUACCUGCCCGGACCACCAAUGUGGGAGACACCGUCAAACGAAACGUGUACCAUAGACAAUCGAGCGAAGACUGGAGCGUGGCGUCCCUAAUGAGUUGUCCCAAGCACAACCCACUGCAGGACCUCGCAACAGACACGAUGCCUUCUAGCGAGAAGGCAACACUGCCGCUUACGGCCGACACCGCAGCGAUGGCGCAAGCUGGCAACCCGGGGCUGUCAACGCACAUACACGACCAGCACCUCUCACAAUGCAUUCAAUUGAAGCAAAACUUCCUUAACAACUCCACCACGAAUAUCUAUCAAAAUCUAGCGUCGAAUUUCCAAAGUCCUAUAGGAGCGUCUAGAGUUUCAAUCGACGAUCCUUUAUGUAGGAAAAUGGGGGAGACAGACAUCAUGUAUGUGGAUCAACCGGAGAGUGACGCAAUCGUCGACUCGCCACAGAUUAGGAACGCGAAUUGCGAGUGUGGUCUGUGCCCAAAACCAGAGCCAAGAGACGACAACACGCUAAGCGACUUACAGAGGUCUGUGGCGUCCAAAUGCUCCUGCGACGCUUGCAAUUCUAAUGGAGAUAUACUUAGUUACUACCGCAACUGUUCUAAGCAAACUUCCGACUCAGGAAUCGUGCACUGUGAUAAUUGUAAAAAGCAAAAGAUAUCCGUGUCCAACUUCAGAGCGCUACAAAUAGCGAAUCGUUUACGCAUAGCUGACGAUAAGUUAGAAAACGGCGGUCAAUCGGACGACGAUUUGUGUAGGAAAAUAGAUAUGAGUUUAGAUAUGGAUGAUAAGAAUUAUGAGCACAGAAAGAGACAUAAUAGGCAUAAUUCUGACUCGGUGACAGCUGGUAUAGACUUGAGUCAAUUCUGUCAGUGCGAGUUGGAAAAUAAUAAACGGAAAACGUCGUCUGUGGAUGAGAUAUUCAAUAUGGUGGAUGAGGAGAAAGCUAAGAAAGAGUUGAGUGAAGAGGAGAUGAAGGUCAGCCAGAGACAGAGGAGUCUGUCGGAUAGUCAGAGGGACAAGGCGAAAGUGGAGAAUAAAGGUAUCGCGGCGCCGGUGGUGCCCCCGCGAAGGGGGCGGGGCCGGCGCGCGCACACGCCCCCACGCCCCGCCCCCAACGGGUUGCCGCCCACGCCCAAGGUGCAUAUGGGCGCUUGCUUCUCCAAGGUAUUCAACGGCUGCCCGCUCAGGAUAAACUGCACGGCCUCCUGGAUACACCCCGACACGAGGGAUCAACACAUACUCAUUGGUGCUGAAGAAGGCAUCUAUACUCUGAACCUCAACGAACUCCACGAGACGGCGAUGGACCAGCUGUGCCCGCGGCGCACUAUCUGGCUUCACGUCAUCAAGGAUGUGCUCAUGUCCUUGUCGGGCAAGACACCCUCCCUCUACCGGCAUGAGCUCCUAGCGUUGAUUGGAAGCGCGCGCGGCGGCCGCUCGCUACGGGUCUUACCGCCCAGGCUGUUACCCCGUCGCUUUGCUCUAACUACCCGCGUGCCAGACACUAGAGGGUGUGUGAGAUGUGCGGUGGCGAGAAACCCAUACAACGGCUACAAAUACUUGUGCGGGGCCACGCCGGCUGGACUGUUUUUGAUGCAGUGGUACGACCCGCUACGGAAGUUUAUGCUGCUCAAGAAUAUCGAGUGCGUCCUGCCUUCUCCAUUAGCGGCCUUCGAGCUGAUCAUCACGCCGGAGCUGGAAUACCCGCUGCUAUGCGUCGGUGCCACCAGGAGCCCUGUGCGCCUGCACCUGCUCAACAUCAACUCCGGAGCGACGUGGUUCCACUCUGACGAGUUAGAAGCUUGCGUGGGCAGUUCCAAUACGGUCAUCCCGCGCGCCGAAAGACUACACACUUUAAGAGCGGUGCAUCAGUUGAAUAAGGAUGCUGUGCUAGUAUGCCACGAGAACGUAGUGGACAUAAUCCCAGUGCUGCCGCCGUCAUUGGAGUCCCGCUGGCGCGAUGACGACCGCCGCCGGAACAAGCUAGUCUCGCGCAUACAGUUCGACUUCAACAUCGAUAGUAUACUAUGCCUGGCGGACUCGGUGCUAGCAUUCCACCGGCACGGCGUGCAAGGCCGGUCGUUACGUCACGCUGACGUCACGCAGGAGAUCACGGACCACUCGCGAGCGUAUCGUCUGCUAGGACACGACAAAGUGGUGGUGUUGGAGUCGCAUAUUCUCCAAAACAACACGCUGUCCAGCGAAGACGGCAACGACCUCUACAUUCUAGCAGGACACGAAGCCUCCUACUGAUUCCACCCGUAGACUCACUUAGGGUAGUGGAAAUACAGUAGCAUUUUGAACCUUAACGACCUGUCUUAAGGUCGAAAAGCGUAGGAGAAAAUACGAGGUAAAAAUGCACUGUAGAAAGUCUACAGAUUUAGAUCUUGGACUGUCAUUUGACGUAGAAAUGCCCUCAGUCCAAGCAUAGACACGGAGUUAUAUUUUAUCGCGAAUUAAUAAAUGCUUAACGCGGAUUCUGAUAAUAAAAAAGUAUAUGGUGUACAUUGUCUAUGGAUUAUUGAAAUCCAAAAUGUAGGUUGUAGAGCUGGCACAAAAGAUUUAAAAAUUAAAUUUGGAAUCGUAAAAAACGAACGAAAGACGCACAUUCGAUUUUCAAAACGUUGAGACGUCUAGCGGAUUUUUUUGGAACUAAAACAGUGACAGUUGAAAUCUGGCAUAGACUAACGAAGUUGCGGACUCGAGUAAGACUUCGUUCGUUCCAUACUCGCCAGCUCUCUCAGACUAAAGUACCUAAAUAAAAGUUAUCGGUCAGUAAAAAUAAAUAUAUUUAUAAUUACAUGAGUGAGAUAUUAGGAUUUAAUCUUUAAAUGUAUGUCCCGUUCGGUGUCGUAAAUUAUAAAUGAUUUAUACAGGGUGGCUAGUUCAUCAUAGAAUAACGUAUGACGCUGAUUUAUUUCUUUGUGAUUUUAUAGUCUUUUUAGCUAUUAGUCACCCUGUAUAUUUGACAGGCAAAUAGCGCUCGAAUUUGACAUAUUGGUGGAUAUUCGGUUGUGUGUUUUAACUAGAGUCAUCUCUUUUUGAUCUGUGUAAGAAGAAAAGGACAACAACAUACAUUGUGUACAAGUAUUUAGGAGAAAUAAGUGAUACGAAAAUUUUGUCAGACAAUUAUGGGUACCUAUGUGGAAACAAAAGAAGUAUUUGCUUGGUGAGGAGAAUAUCUCAACCGAAUAUCCACCAUUAUUUAACCUAUUUGAACUUUAAAUUAUCCACUAGCCUAACAUAAUAAAUUAACUUAGCUCAUUACUUUGAAACUUAAAUAUUUUUAAAUCGUUAGUGAAUAGGUUUUAAUUUUUUCAAAUCUUCCAGUGUUCUCAUCACAAUAAUAAUAUGUUAUUUUUAAUAACUUUGAACCUUAUUUGGUGCUAACUCUAAUUGUAUUGUCGUUAAAUGACGUUGUAUACAGGCUGGUUAGGCGUUUUGUUUAUAGAAUGAAUCACAUAUGAUUCACGACAAAAGAUUUCUUGUUUGUAGCAAAGAAAGGGUUAAAUAAAAUUUAGCUGUCGUCUAGAUGUUUAUUGAAAUCUUUUUUGGUAUUUUAUAUCGUGAAAUAAGUGGUGUAAUGUACGGAAUAGAAAUAUUUUCCCCGCCAAUUUAAUAUUGAUAACUUUAGAACAUAGUAAAGUUUAGCCACCCUGUAUAAGCUAUAUCCAUUAACGUAAAUGGAACACCACCUAUUGAAAUAACCGAUAAGCAAUCCAUACAUCACUGCCAUUUUUAGAUAUUCAUUCCAACGAACAUUUUUUAUUAGAAUAUGCCUUUUAAAACGAUGACAAAUUAGAGAUAUGCGCAGCUUAAAAUAUAUAAAAAUACGCGCACACAAAAAAAAUGUUCCUCUAAAUUUUUAAGGGGAACAAAUCGAUUAUAUUUCGGAUCUCUUUCUCUCUCUUGUACACAUUGUCAGAGCGAGAGAGACAGAUGUAUCGUGCACGUGUCAAUCGGUUAUUAGUGAAGUAAUUUUACACUAAUUAACCCUUUUGUGUCGAUUGCAAUGAGUUAUAAACAGGACCAAACUCGAUUUUAUUGAUGUCUACAAAUAAAAAUGUUUAGUUACUAUUGCGGUGUACAGUCAGCCUUAAUAGUUCGUGACAUCCAAAGUAAACCAAUAAGUUCGCAACACGUCUUUGUUACAAUGAGGGCUAUCGUUUUUAUAUUUAACAGUUGGCACCCCUGGCGAUUGACAGGACCUUACUCUACAGUGGCGCCAUCUUGAUGAGUGCAAAUGCGAUAGUCCUCCUACCACUUUAGCGCUCACCAGUUGGUGCCACUGUCUUCGCUACUAGCAAGUGACAGGACCUUACUCUACAGUGGCGCUAACUGGUGAGCGCUAAAACGAUAGCCCUCAUUGGAAUAAGGUUGUGUUGUCAACUUUUUUGUCACUUUAGGUGUUCCGAACUAUUUGACGCUGACUGUACGUGAGUAAGUCAGUUGCACAGAUUAUAUUAAAUAUUGAGCUUUAUUCGCAUGUAAUAGAGUUCAAUUUUUAUCAAUUGUAAACAUACUGUAGUCCUAAAACAAUGUCAAAUUAGCUUAUCACGCAUUUGUGGUAUUACUGGACCAGAUAUUUUAAUCGACUAAUUUUAUUCAACAUCUAACUGACAUUAACAUGUUAUUCGUAUUUGGUAACGAUAUGCUGUGAUCAGAGAUUAUAUUUUAGAGGUUAUUUUGAUUUUUAAUCCAUCAAAAUUGGAGAUUGGCAAAUAAAAAAAAGACACAUAAAGAUACAAUGCACUCAGUGUUGCAGCGUUUAAAAAUAGGAUUACUAUGAUAUAAAUAAACAUACAAUCUUAUUCAUUAAUCAAGAUAUUAAGCAAUUUGUCUUCACCCGAAUAGGGUGGUUGCAACUUUGUCUCUUUUUCAUUUGCCAAUCUCCACCUCUGUAAAUUGUAUAUUUUGUGUUUCACACAAGUAGAUCUUGAUUUUAUUUACAUGCAUUUCGAUGUAGUUAACAAUGUAUUUAUUAAUAAAUUAAUAUACCCUAAUUAUGCUGCCCCGUAGGACUUGCUACCGCUUUUUGCCUUACGAGGGCGGUGCAAAUAUAAAACCAAAUAAUUGUGAUUGUUAAUGAAUUCGAAAGCGCUGGGUAGCAGGAUUUAUAAAAGACAAUUUUUCGGUAUAACACGAGUAGAAAACGUGAGAACUUUAUAACAACUAAAAAAACUAUAUUUAAAACGCUCGCUUUUGUGUAUGUUUUGUAAAUAUUACAAAUAUUCCAAUUAGUUAUAGUCAAUUGUAUAAUAUCACUAGUAUAGAUGUAAUUUUAAUGUAUUUAAUUUUUUUUAUGGCAACCCUGUGUUUCGGAGAGUUAGUGUUGCAAGGAAAGUGACGGACUGGCGAUUUAUUUAUAUUUUCCUGCCAAUAAUAUUACCCUUAUUAUUUUUAUUUCUGUAAAUGAUAGAUUGAAAUAUUUUUCCAAAAAUGUCUUAAUUGUAAAGAUACUGUUAUACAUAUUUACUACGAGAUUAUGACAGAUGUAUGUAUUUUACUAUUUUAUGCCCGAAUCUUGUUUAACUGAGUAGAAAAUUAGUGACUGACUUGUUUGAUUGUUCAUUUUAAAUCAUCAUCGCACGUGUAGUCUUGAAAAUGCAAACAAUACAGGUUGGUAAUUUUAAACAAACAAAUGAAAUAAGAUUUUUUUAUACUAAUGCUUAUUAAAACUUACUAUGAAUUAUUUUCAGAGCAUUGUAAAAGUUACUAAUUUUCUGCUCAGUUUACCCGCAUUUUUGUUAUCAUCGACGGAAUGUGUCUCGCUUUAAAAUCCCGUUUAUUUAUGAAUUUCCCCACAAUAAACAUUUUAUUUUGUACAAA